CUUCCUUUCUUCCUUUACCCCUCUUUCUCUUUCUCUUUCUCUUUACAUACUUCUUUACAUCUUUACAUACGUCUUUACACUUCAUUAUAUAUAUUCAUAUAAUCGGUUUCUAUAGAAAUAUUAAUAAUAAUAAUAAUGUUACUAUUUGAUCCAAAAGAUUUCCCGGAUACUUUUGAACUAUUACGCCAAUACUUCCAGCUCUGUUCACGUCAACCUCGCCGAUUGGUGUCCAUUCUCUUUUUGACAGUGACCCUUUGCUUCUUUUACUUUAUUGUGCUUGGAUACGAUGACAGGAUCGAAUUUGAUAUGCGGCCUGCUGAAAUGGCUGUAGAAAUCAAGGCCAUCCAAGAUUUCCCCAUUUGGCCUCUUCAACUUGAAGACGAAGCCAUCAGAGACCGAUCUAGUGCCUACAAGCCAACCAUGUUUACCGCCAAAUCGCCUUCCUUUGCCUCAUUUGCUUCUCUUGUCUUGUUUAAGCCAGUCACGGCAGUCAUAUACCGAGUAUCCGACAACGACGAAGGAAUCCAACAGGUCGUCAAGCACCUGUCUAAAUAUCCCUUUUUUAAAGAAAUCUUGAUAUUCAAUCAAAUCGAAUCCCGUCCACUGGUGGUUGAGGAUUUUGGCGGCGAGAUGUCCGAGGAUGUAUCGAUAGAGAUUUAUGAUUCAAGAGACGAUAUUCAGACAAUGGGGCGUUUCACAACAUGCUCAAUGGCAAGCCACGAAACAUGCUAUACGCAAGACGAUGUGUGGCUGAAUAUAUAUUUGGAUACCUUGUACACUCUUUCCCUCAAAUCACCGGAGUUGGUUUACGCCAGCGCAAGGCCGACUGAGUACCUUGAUGCACUUGGGUGGCGCUUCGGAAAUAUAGGAAAUAAUACUAAUAAUAAUAUAGAUUCUUCAUUACAUACUGGAUAUGUUGACCUUCGAUACGGCGCAUUCAUUCCACGCCACAAAGCACAGACCUUUUUGACUCAGCUGGCUGAACAAGGAAUCACAAAAGCUCAGUUACGGCAGGCAGAUAUGUAUUUUAGUCUCUGGACUAACCAAUAUCCAUGGAUACUUUCCAAUUCAUUGGUUUCUCUUGAACAAGAAGAUAAGCUGAAUCCUAUAAUUCGGUCACCGAGUCUCUAUGAAAAUAUGUAUGAUGCUAUGGAUAAGCUGGGACAAUCCUUGGCAGAAAACAUAACCCAAAAAGAUCAUUUUAACCGUUUAGAUGGUAUCAUUCCAUUGGAAUCUCGUCAAGAAAGAGCUUCUUGUGUAAAUGAUAAAUGCCUAUUUAUCACAAACAUCGACCCAUUUCCAGAACCGGGUACAUUUGUUCCAGCUACAGAUCUUGACUCAGGGAUCGAAUCAUUGCAAUCGCGUAAAUCUACAGGUCUGCACCAUGAAUGGGUUUAUCAGUCCUAUCAAAAGGCAGUAGAUCAGGAUCCAAGAACCUGUUGGAACACCUUUAAAAUACCAAAGGCAAAUGAUUACUUUGGAUUGACAAUGGUAGGAUCAAUUGAAGCAAAACGACUGGUAUUAUAUGGCCGAAGAGAUAUCCGUCAUGCAGCAUCGAUGUUUAAUGUUACUGUAGAAUCAGUAGAAAACAAUUGGGUGACUUGUAAACUUUGGACAUUACCGGAUGCUCAAGUAGUACGUCAACGUGUACCUCUGGGUAUCGAUUGUUCGGGAGUAAAAGAAUUCAAAACCAUCAGGAUCCACUUUGUAGAAGAUCAGAAAGAACCCUUUGAUGUGUGUGGAAUUGGAUUGGACAAUUUUAAUGUCUAAUGCUUUCUCUAAUUGCUUAUUGUUACUAUCCUUUUCUUUUUUUCUUAUAUAAUAUAUGUAUAUAUAUUUUCUACAUUGUCGGCCAUUAAAAUAAAUCUCUGUUAUACAGAAG